AUCAGUCAGGAUGAACAUGUUGACAUGUGGACUUUGCAGGGCCAGGAAGAGUAAAAAGAUAAAAAGGAGUGAACUACAAAUCCUUCAAAAUGAGUGCAGAAAAGCGGAAGAGGAGCGGUUAGAAAAAGAAGAGGAAAUGUACAGGCGUCAUGAACACCACAAAGCGGAAUUGAAUCAGCAGCAGAGGUUAAUAAGGCUGAAGACGGAGGAGUUGGAGAGACUGCGACUGAAAGCCCAAGACCAGAUUGCAGAAGCCACAAGAAAACUGCAGCAGGAAAGAGAUGAACAUCGCAGACUCAUGAAUGAAGAACUGCAGCAUUUAAAGGAGUUACAUGACCAGAGGUUGCUACACAGUCAGGAGUUGGCCACUCAGACUGAUUCCAGUUGUGGGGAAUUUGCCGUCCAGACAGAAUCUCAAGCUUCACACAUCAGUAUCCAGACUGCUUCUGAUGAGCCACAAGAGCUAAAACCCACUGAUAUUACACAUUUCAAAGAGGACACAGUUGAGGGAAGAUUGAAAGACCUUGCUCAGAGAGAACUCAUCCUGAGGCAUUCUGAGAUGGAAAUUGAACAGGACAUUCAUCAGCAAGAAAAACUUUUACAAGAGCAGCUGGAAUUGGAGAAUCAGCAUAUCAAAUUAGAAAAGCAAAAACUCACAGAAAUUGAGGAAAGCUAUAAAACUCAGGAUGUCAGAGAAUUGGAACAGCUUUCUGAACAGUAUGUUGAUGAGAGAAAACUGCAGAGCAAGAAACAUCAGUUGGAGGCGUAUCUUGAAAGACACACACAGACUUCAUCUGAUGGGGAUGAAACCCGAGCUGGAGCGUCUGUUACAGUGCAAGUGUUGAAUGCAACUCCCAAGAUACGAACUAGGCAGUUUAUUCACGAAUCUAUGCAAACAGAUAGUUCUCUGUCAUUAUUGUCUCCCCAAGACUCAAGUUGUGAGACGCUAAGUAAUCAGUUUGGGGAAUAUGUAUCAAAGUCCACUAAUUCUCUCUCCAGCUCCAAGUCUGGAGGAUCAUUGCCAAGUUUGCAUUUAAGUUCUGACAGCAGUGUCAAGGUGAAGAAACCCAAGUCAAGUGAUGGGGAAGAAAAGACUUCUGCUAAGCCAUCCAAAUCUUGGAAACUGUCUUCAAUGGCAGAACAGGUGACAAAAAGGUUAUACAAGGCACCUGCACAGGUGAAAAAAUUCUUCAAGAAGGAACACAAAAGAAAAUUGUCAAAAACGGGUGAUACUGAUGAUGAUAUUAAAGCCAAAACAUUGCCAAUUAUUCUGUCCAAAUCAAAAUCCACUUCAUUGACUUCUCCAAGAGGGGUUGAUGACUCUACAUCCCAGCAGAUGCCCCCUAGGGGUAGAGCAUCUAGCAUGGACUCUGGGUUAGCCAGGAGGCCUUCAAAGUCUCGAAGAGGCCUUGGGUAUGACUCGGUGGGAUCUCACAGACAUCCUAGGACUCCAAGCCCAGGGUUGGAUAGGAUGAGCUCAAGCCUUGCAAGCAUUCCAGAAAGACUCUCAGCAGAGGAGUCCAGUGACCAGGAAUUGAAUUCCUCCAUGUUUGACUCUAGUUAUGACAUGUCCGAUAGGUCCAGUCUUUUGAGUGCCUCUGGUCACGGACAGCAUCAUCAUCAUCAGGGGAUGAGAACGAGGAGCAGUUGUGAACUUCACACUCAGAACAGCUUUGAUGGAACAUCUGAUGGAGAAUUCCCUCCAAACAAACAGGAUACUCAGCCUUUGUGGAAAAUUUAUGAAUAUAGCCUGGUUAAAAAACAGUCAGAUUCAGAUGCAAAAGCCGACAGUUUUGAAAAUUUAGCACCUUGCCAUAGUGAGCCAGUCAUCAAAAGAAAGAAAAUCAGCAGUGAUGAUUCUGACUCCAAGGAAUGUCUGUUUGAGAAAAUGGAUGAGAGCACUGAUAGUGAUGGUAUAGUGAUAGAAGUGCAUCCUCAUGAGGAAUCGUCAUCUGAUCUUGAAAAACAGUCAGAGUCACCAUCAGAUCUCAACCAACACAAUAGACCAUCUGCAAGUGAUCUCAGCAAACACAUUCCAAAGACAUCUUCACCCAUUUCUGACCUACAGGAUAUUCCAUUCAUAGAUGAUGACAUUGUUCUAGGGCAAUUCGAUGAACCGCCAACCCAAUUAGAAAGUGAUAACCACACAGCGGGUACUGAAGUGACAACAGCACCAUCUGCAGUGAGCCCUGAGAGGCUAGGUAACAUUGAGUUCCAUGCUCAUCUGGUGAGAGGCCUGCAGGUGGACCAUGUUGCCAGAGCCUGGAGUGAUGAUAAUGUGGCUCAGAGGGUGCCUCUGCCAGUGGGUCACACGUACCAGACUUCAGUGCAGAGAGCCAUGGCUGUGGAUGCCACCUUCAGAGCCCGCAGUAAUGAGGGUCUGGUGGAGUCUUCCCAUACUAGGGGGACACAGGGCAGCACUCCAGACCACCAGAGACCGUCUUGUGAUAAUGUGACAGCAACCAGGAGCUAUGAGGGUCUCUCUCCUGUUAUACAUUCUGCUUGUGAUCAUUCUUUGGAAGAAAUAGGUGCAGGACCUGCAGCAAGCUCAGACAUUCCUCAAGACAAGUCAAGUUCUGUCAGUAGAGACACUGAGAGAACAGGCAGAUCUCAGAGCAGAGAGUCCACAGGGUCAACAGAACACAGGGAGAGGAGUAAAAGUGGUCCAAAAAUUGUCAAACCUGUGAUGGCCAAAGAAACCGUAAGAGGAAAGGUCAGAGAAGAAAGACCACGACCUUGGCAAGAAACUACUCCCACAAAAAAGACUCUCAAAGAUGGAGAGUCUGCUGACCAAGACAGAAGCGCACAGGAAAGUAGCCGAUCCAGAGCACGAAAGGAAAGACGGAAACCAUGGAGAGAAACAACACCUACACUGGAAAAGGAAGUGAGACAAGAAUCAGAGAGAUCGUCUGCUAGACAAGAGAGGCAUAGACCUUGGCGGGAAAGGACACCUCUUUCUAGAAAAGGUGCUUCUGAAAAGAGUGAGGAUUCAUCAGCAACCCCAACAUCAGCACAAAAGACCCCAAGAGAUCUGACGUCUGCAGACAGUGGACCAACUUCUGUCAGCCCUUCUCAGUCAGCUAAAACUGGUUCUAAAAGAGCCGUUACUCGGAAGGAAACUCCAAGUCCAAUCAGGAGGUCUGUAAUAUACAAGAGGGUCAAAAGGCGGAGUAACUCUGAUGACAUACCUGUGGAGUUUUACUUACCUGGUGGUAGCAGUGGUGGCGGUGAGAAUGAAGGAUCUCUCAGAGGCAUCGGAGGUGAUGCAGAUUCCAAAGAGAGGCGUAAAUCUGUCGACCGUACCCAUGAAAUUUUUGCCCGCAGUUUAAGGGGAGGUUCCAUAGAGCGAGAAUCAGACGAAGAAGGUCAAGUGUGCGAGAGAAAUGAACGCCGUUCAAGGACAAACAGCAGGGAAAGGCCUGGUUCUGCAGGGUCUAAGAGUCGAAGGAUCAUUGUUAAAGGAGAUCAGUUGGAUGAUUACUCUAAAGCUUUCGAAGAUGCCCUCUCUGAUGCUUUUGGAGAUAGUGAUGCUGCUAAGAAUGAAAUAGAACAGUCAGGUAGUGCCUCGGGUGUGGAUUCUUAUGAUAUCAAAGAAGAAGAUGAAUAUUCCGGUGACUCCCUUGAUGAAGAUGAGGAUGACCUUGGCAGGAAGUCAGAACCUGGGCAGGAGGAAUAUGGACUGAAUUUACAGCACCUCCAAGUACCACAUUCUGGCAGUAAUGCAUGUGUGUCAGUCGAGUCAUUGAAUGACCCACAAUUUAUCUCACAGGAUUCUUUAAAUCAUUCUCCUCGCAGUGGUAAAGAGCAAUUUGGUUCACGGGAUUCCAUAGAUGAAAAUCCAUCUCAGGGUUGUCUUCCAUCAUCUUCAGUCCCAGCAGAGCAACAGUAUCUAUCCCAAGAUUCGCUUACAGGAGAGACACCAGAGGGCUGCAAAACAGGGAUGCAAGAUGGGAGCAAACUUGAGUCUACUAUAAUGCCCAAGCAUGUAAAAUCUGUCACUGGUCAGAGACAAUCAGUUCCCAGCAAAAAAGUAAGCACACUGAAAGGUAAAGAAGGACAUUUUUCCGAUGACUCCUUAGACGAAAGGGAGAGAGAUUCUCCCAGUGAGAAUCUUCAUCAUGGCCGUGGAGCAGAAGAACUAGCUGAUGACCCAAUUGUUGAUGAGGAACAAGAGGCUACCAUUAGAAGUUUAAUGGCCAAACUGAAGGCAGAACCCAACAGUGUUUUCUCCAAUGAUUCCCUUGGAGAAGAAAUGGAUGAGGAAGAGCAAGUGGCCAUGUUGAGGGAAGCUCUCAGACAUCUUCAGAUGAGAAGCCAAGAAGGCCAGACACCCCACCUUUCAGCUGUCAAGAAGGCAAUCCGGCAACGUGCAACGCGCAAACAUGAGCGAAAAAUCGGUGAGGAGUCGGAUGACAAAGGCCUAUUAUCAGAUGACUCGCUCAUAUUGUCAGAUGGCAAAACCAAGACUUCUCCCAGGCCGGGCUCUGCAGGAACCAGAAGGCGGCGACGGCCGAUCCCAAAACUUUUCGACAGCAUGCGGUCCAAGCGUUCGAAGACCACCAGCUCUGAAGAGUACAUUACAUCUGAGAAUGACAGCAUAUUUUCGGAUGAUUCUUUGACUCAUUCUGAGGGCCGCACUGUAGACAGCAGCACACGCUCUGGAAGUCUUUCUCCUGUGAGAGGAUUGAAAGUAUCUGUGACCACAGAAACACAGACUGAGCAGAUACCCAACAGUUCUUCUCUAACAUCACCAUCUGACAAUAGGGGGCAGCACAUUCCAGUCUCCACAAAACUGGUAGACGAUGUCAUCCAUGAAGAACCAGAAGCUACACACAAAGUUAGAAAAUCUGGGAAACGCGUUGACAAACAACCAGAAAUGAAUGUAAAACAAGACAUGAGGGAGUUUUCGGGAGGAGAACAUUUCAGAGACCAAGAUAAUUCAGAUUCUCAGGAUGCAUCAUUAUUAACAGUCAAGUCACGAGACAGUUCUGCUGACAGAAACAGCAUAUAUGACAAUGUACCAGGUCCAUCUCGGGACAGGACACCAGAGAGGCUGAGAGAGUUAUGUGUGACACCCACUGAACUAUGGCAGAGUGGGCCUCCCAAGAGAGUCAGCACCGCACAUGUCACCAAAAUAGAAUUUGAAGAAACAAUAGUGGACAACAUGCUUAUAAUGGAAGGAACACAGACUGAAACAGCAUCAGUGAGCACUGAAGAAGGUCCCCAGUUAUUCCAUCCUACCUCAGCAGAAAAUGUGCAGACUUUACUGAAAAUGCCUAGAACUCCCUUGGAUCUUAGAGUCACUGAAAUUGAGUCCUGGAAUUCCCCCAUAGAGACUGAAUUCAUUAAUAGCAAAGAAACAUCAAAUCACAGCAGCAUGAACAGAACUGCCAAGGAAUAUGUUGCCAGUCCACAGCCCCACGAAGAUGUGUCAACUGGGUCAGAUAGCCCUACAGAGUUCACUGUUGCUCAUAAUAUUGCAACACCACACACUAAUAGAAUUCAGAAUGCUGACUCGGAAGCUCCAGGUGUUCCCCAGAGUUCAGUGCAUAAAAAUCGUCCUGCCAGGAUAACAGGGUUGACUAGGUCACAAGUGAAUGUUUGGACCAAUCAGGAAGUUUAUGCAGUGGAAAAGGGUCAUGAGGAGUUGCCUGAUGCUUCCUCUGAAUUUCCUACUCAAACUCGCGUUAUAAGACAGGCCAUCGACACCAGUGCAGAUUUGAUUCUUGAACCGAUGUCAUCUCCCAAUAGCAAUCAGCAGGCAAUUCAAGACGCCAUAGAGACCUCUGCUGACAUCACAAAAGAGGCUAUUCAAGGUCAAGAUGAAAAAGGAGUUAUAGAUACUCAUACUCCACUGAAUGUCAUGAAAGGUUUGACAGUAAAUGUUUCAGAAAUUGACCAUCAACCUUUAGUGCCAGAAAGGGAUUCAUCUGACUCUGCGUACAGUGAAAUGUCAAGUCCUCAGGGUACUCUAGAGAAAAGGAUUAGUUCAGAGACUAAUACCACUGACACAUGUAGUGAUGGGAACAGUGAAACCAAUCAUCAUCAGGGUAUAUCACAGAAGAGAUUACCGUCACUUUAUGAUAACAGUGAAACAAACAGAGAUUCCUUUAUCCAGAACGAUAAGGAUGCUUUAAGAGAUGGCAUGUCUCAGCAUGAUUCAACUGAGGAAGACCUGGCCCACAGAGAAAUAGCUUUUCCAUCCCAGCAUUCUUUAGAUGCUCUUUCGCAAGGUACAAGUGGCAUCUUCACGUUACAUGACUCAGAAACUACAUCAAACUUUUCUCACCCAUCUCCUUCUGAAACUCUAAAUAGGAGAUCAAUUUAUGAUAAUGCUCAAGAAGAGGUAGAUGUGCCUCUAGAUUUAACAGGUGCCUUAAGUUUUACUGGAACAUAUUCCAGUAUGGCUGAACCACACAGUGAGCCUAUGGAAAGAGAAAUCACCCCUGAAGAAAUACUAUCAUCAGUCACUAAUGUUGAGCUUGAACCUAGCAAAUAUGUGAAGCCUGAUAAAUUUCCUAGUCCCGAGAAAGUUCAGCUUUUACAAAGUAGAGAGUUGGAGGCAUUAAGACUUGCUGAAAAGAAGCCCAAAAGCUCUGAUGAGUCUUUGUAUGAUAAUGUGCCAAAAUCUGUAGAUUCUUCCUAUGAAAAUUUGAAGAAGAUAGAUAUCCAGAGUGCCUCACAGAAAAAUCCAGAUCAAAUGAUUGAACCCAGCAUUGUUACAGAUACUUGUGCAGAUUCAAAUGAUAAUACUGUAAACAAACGAGAUUUCAUACGUGAAAGGUCAGUGUCUGCUGAAAGUCUUUCCAGAACUGAUGAUAAACCAGUUGCUGCUGAAACCCGGUCAGUGGAUUCUUUUCUUGAUUAUGAAAAUCAGAUACGAGAACAACAAAUGGGUCACCUACAAAGACCUUUUGUGUGUUGUGAGACUUCUUCUGAUUCCAUGUAUGCUGAUGCAGAAGAAAGUUCAGUCUCUGAUGAAAUAAGUGCCCAAGAACUGCUACAUAAUAUCCCUAAUCUGGUGGCAACAUUUCAAACAAAUAUCACCAGUGAGCUUGCACAAGCAAUCCAGGAGUUACAGCAAGGUCCCCAGUGGAGUCCUAGUGUGACUCCAGAAAAUAUUCCGUCCUUGAUACCUGAUGCUCAGGAGGCUUUGCCACGUGACCAAGUAGUCCCUGGUGCUAGCUUCCAUAAUUUGACAGAAUCUGAACUUGGGCAUGUGUCUCCACAAGUCAUUCCAGCUAUUCCGUCCAGUGAUACCCUCAUAGUAACUGUCUCACAAAAUGAAGUGCCAAGUGUGAGUGAAUCUCCUAGCCAAACUACUGAAGACACAGAACAAUUCAAACAAGAGGGUGUUAGCACUAAAAUGGAAACUGAGCUACCUGCUCAUACAGAGGAUUUAAAACAUGGUGUGGCUUUCACCAAAGAUAUCAGUGUAGAAAAUGCAGAUGAAAUUGAUACAAAUUUUCCUGCUAGCCCUUCCCAGUUGCCAAAGCAUAUCUCUGUGGAUACCAGAUCAGUGGCAGAAAAUGUUUUAGAGGCUGAAAAUGCACCAGUUAUGCUGAAAGAGGACAGAUCUGAGAUCCAGAAUACAAACCCUGUAUUUACCAAACCAAAGCAAAACAAUGUCUCGGACGCGUUCAAGGUUCAGCCUCUGUCAGAAGUUAAGACACCUGAAGAAGUACGUCCAUACACCAGACCAAGGAGUGAAUCAAUUGGGGAAGAUAAAAACACAGAAGAUAAAAACAUCAAACCACCAUUGGCAAUUGGCAGCAACAUGACAGCUGUUGAGUUUUCGUCUCCUUGGUCUGAAGUUCCAAAGCUAGUCCCUGUUUGUACCAAACCAGGCAGUAAUACAGCAGGCAGUGACACUCUGGUAGUGCAGUCAUAUGACAUAGUGCCAUGUGACCCAGUGUCAGGUGACACAGUAUCAGGUGACUUAGUGUCAGGUGCCUCAGUGUCAGGUGACCCAGUGCCAGGUGAUCCAGCAUCAGGUGAUACAUGUACUUCUUUUGACGAGGAUUACCAGACUCCAUCGCAGUCUUCACUGAAAGAUAUGGUAUCUUCAGUGCUGUCUCUUCAAGAUGGUGAGAUGGCUGAAAGAGGUGAUGGUGGUAUAACAGCCAUUGAAUCCAUGCAACCCAUUGAGUCUAGCUCGUUUCCGCCAGUACCCCAGGGCAAGACCACUCUAGGUGUGAUGGGUAAUCAACCAGAGGAGCAGAUAUGGAAUACACCUGAAGAUGGCAAUGCACAAGGCAGUGGUGGAUGGUAUACCAAGCCAGUUAAUACAGACCAUUUAGGUGAAAUAAAACAUGAUCUAGAUGAACAAGAAGUGAAAAACUUUGGCCAAGAGUCAUGUCAAACUGCAGUAGAUGGCCAGAUGCCACCUGAAAGUAACACUUCUGAUUUGAACAAUUCACCAAAUAAUUUACAAACCACAGAAAUGAAUAAAGUGACAGAAGACAUGACACCAGUAUCACUUACACAGACCCAUGGGAAGCCAUUAGAAAGUGAGAUUAGAUCUAACAAAGCUGAGACAAACCAAGCAGGUGACACAGCCUUGGUUCCACUGCCUGCUAAAAAUUUUACAAAUGAGCCAGAAAGAACCGUGGGUACAGGUUGUCAUAUGGCACAGCUGACUCAGGCACAAGAUUCAGAUAGCAAAACCUUUCCUGCUGACAAAUUAGUAAUGCCAACAGAUGUAUUAGCUGCAAGUGAUAUAUCAGAAAACAAUACAGAAUCAGUAAGCUCUCUAAGUCCAGACAAAAAUGGAGAUCAUACUGAAAGAAUGGUGCUUGGUUCAAAAAUUGAUACCACUAUGCCUCAGGAAGUAACUGGUGUAGUAAGUCAAAGCGUGUUGGGAGGAUCUUCAAAGGCCUCCAUGCCUAGUCAGUUUAUGGCACUGAAUGAUGGAGCACUAAAAACACUUCCCUUAGAAGAAAGUGAGAAACGAACACGGAGUGCCAGAUCAGUGUCUCCUCAAGCAUCUGACAAACCAACAUCUUCAAGAUACCAUGAAAAGAAAAAGUCUUUGCCCAGAGAUAUUUCACCUAGAACAAGGUCAAGGUCUCCAAUUGAUCACACCCCAUUACAGCAAGGUUCGUUGCCAUCGGAGAAAAGUUCAUUGGGAAAAGAAGUUGACUUGAGUGGAGCAGAGGAUGACCAGGAGAUGGUGCUGUCACCUCCUCAGGUCAUCACUCCUGUUACAGCGGGGGAUAUGAAGGACCUGCCUUCCCCUAAUGAAGGGCAAGAUUACAACAACCAGUCUUCAUUGAAAGAUAUGGUGAUGUCAGUUUUAUCAAACGAAGAUGUCAAGGAGCCAAAUCUGCAUACAGAUGUAGAGACAGCUAUAAUUCAGCCAUCUUUGACAGAAUCUGUGGUGCAGAGAGAUGGCACAUCCCAGGCAUCUAAAAAGAAAGUUGAUCAUCAAGAAGAAGAGACAAGUGAAGAUUCAUCAGUUGAAGACCAAGGAGAGUUGGUGGCUGCUUCAGAUACACCUGUGAUAUCUUUCGUUAAACCUGCAUUUCAAGGCCAACUACUUACCACCUCUGAGGAAGCUGACGCUCCAAACAAAGACAUAGCACAUAUGACUGGAGAAAGCGACAAAUCAGUGGAAAAGCAGGCAUCAGAAAGUGACUCUGUCAGAAGACGUCCACUUUUACGCUUAGAAAAAUCUCAGUCCUCCAUAGCAGUACCAGAUUUAUUGGAAUCUGGCAUUGUCACUCCACGGGGCAUGUCUGUGGAUUCCUCUGAUGAACUCUCUUCUUCAUCAAGUUCUUCAUCUCUAGAUCUCAGUGGUCUGGAGGUGGAACAGGUGUCAUCCCCAAAGCAUUCUGUUAGUUCCCCAGGUGCAAAAUCUCCCAUUUCUAAAAAGAGGAAGACAUCAUCAUCAUCUAGUCAGAGAAGAGACAAAGCUGACAAUAGUAGCAGUGACAGUGGGGAUGAAUUUUUCUCUCGGCGCCAUGACAGAGGUGCCUCUGAUGUCCGUACUGAUCAAGCAAAGUAUAUUUCUCCUUUGCCUCAAACAAGAGGAAGAGUGCUUGGAAGAAAAGCAGAAAUAUAUGCCAGAAAGCAGAAACUCCAGCUUCAGGCUCCAAAAACCCAAACAGUUCACUCAGAAACUGUGAAGGGAAAGUUUUUCUCUGGUGACAUUAAUAAGGUCUCAAAAGAUGAUUUCAGUAUUUCAUCGCCAAGUGAGAAACCUAUAAAAAGGUCAAGAUCUGAAAGUCCUCAGAAAGGAAGAUCAGGGACUCCACCUUCUGAGAACUCGGAGAGUGAUCAUGAAUCAGAGUCCAGUGAUACCAGUGGGGAGUACUUUGUUCAAGGAGAUGGUGUUGCCCAUGACACCCUGGAGAGAAUAAUGGAGGAAGCUGAUGAAGAGAUUGGGGACUUUGAUGUUGUCAUCAAAGAUAAUUCUCAUAUUCUGAAGCAUUCUGCAAAACUGCAAGAUGCAAGUAAGGUCAAGACAAAGGGUGGUCCCUCUGAAAAACCAUGGCUAGAAUUUCAAGAAAAACUGAAAUCACCUCAGCAUAGAACCAAUAUCCACAGUGCAGAAGAUGAUAUACUGCAGCAGCUUGCCAGUGGAGUGAGAGUUGGAACAGAAGAGAUAGUUGAUGCCCACUUGAAGCUGUGUAUUAAGUACAUUCUUGAUGCCGAGAAAGUCAUUAUUGAAAGAGACCCAUUCAAGCGUAGCUUGUCCCAGGCUGACACAAGUAGAAUAGUGAUUGCUGACCCAGCAGUGCGAGAGCAUAUGGCGCGUCUUGAAGCACUCAUCAAUAAUCCUCAGUAUGAUUCAGACACGGAGGCAUGCAGUGACACUGAAAGUGUACUCAGUGUAAAGAGAGGUAAAACCUAUGGCAGCUGCCCACAGCUUAAUAAAGAUUCUGACAAUGAUUCUAGAUCUCAGUUGGACCUGUUGCAAUCACCAGAAGCGCCAUCAUCAAGGGAGCACAUUCCUGAAAUUGAAAAUGACAUGGACAUUUGUCAACCUAAUGAUGAAAAUCUUGCCUCCAGUGAUGGAGAAAGAGCUGCAGAAGCCCAAAUAACUCAGACUUUCCAUAGAACUGAUCCUGAUGUAACUAACAACAUGAAGCCAUCACCCGAGUUUCCUACCUCUGCUAUGAAAGAAGAUCAAGUCAGUUGUUGUGUAUCUGACUCUCCUUUGAAACCAGAAGCUGGUUCCAAAACUCUGCAUGAAGGUUCUGUAGAAAGGUCACUGGGGGCUUUGUCUCCAGUUACAGAAGAAGAUGUAGAAAAUGUACCAACACAGCAGUUUAGUUCACCUAAUAAACUAAGAUCGUUUUUGAAAUCUCAGGUGCAAAGAAUUCAAGGAAAUGCACCAAAAUCACCAACACAGGAUCUCAGCCCUUCUAUAGCAAGUGGACUGCAUAAUCCAACCAGUCAACCACCUUCUAAGGAAGAUGCAGACACAAGUUCAGAAGAUGAGAACAUGGAUGAUGGCGUGCCUGGGAGGCUUGGUGUUGCUAAGCAACUGUUACUAAAACAAAUAGCAGACCUUGCAUUAGCUUAUGCCAUUCCACAUGGUGAGAACUUCAGCUCAGAUGUCCAGACAGAAUCUGAAAAUCAUGCGCAAAAUGAAGAUAGCACCCAAGAUAACCCUAGGCAGGGCAGUACACUGGAAGAAGAAAUUGCUCCUAAGUCUAGUGCUUCACUUACACAACAUGUUGAUGAUCAUGCAACACCUGAAAACAUGGAGGGAAAUGACUCUAUUUUGGGUACAAAGGAGAAUAUGUCAAAUGUCAUUGCACAGAUUGUAAAGGAAAGAAACCGUGUCAGACAUGGUGACAGCAAGGACAGUGUUGAUCUCCAUGGCAACAUGUCACCAGUGCAUGAAACAAAUGCAAAAAGAAAUAGAUCGGGCAGUUUGGAUUCUGCAUUUGUAGAAUUACCCACCAAUGCAUUUGGCAAUGCUCUUGAGGUUAUGUUCCCGAAAUCAGAAAAUGACAUUCCUUUGGAUGAAAAUCUUGCACAAACAGAAAAGAAGGGAGACGUUCUGCUUGACAAAGUCAUUACACCAGAUGAUAAAUCAAGAGAAACAGAAAGCGGAGGAUCUUUUCAAAAGCAAGAUUUAGUGCCCAUUAACCAGCAGAUGCCACAGAAAGAUGUUAGUGAUUCUGGCCAGAAAAAUAUUGUACCAUUGGCAUCCAAGUUUCCCAGGUCUGCCUAUCUUGCGGAACCACCAGUGUCUCAAGAACCAGCCUAUGCUGUCACAGAAUCCACACAGGUGCAGUCUGUUGUACCAGCACUGAAACAAAUGAAAGACAGAGAAAUCCUGGAAAUUUCCAAAGCACUAGCCAGGGGAGAUCACCCGAGUCAGAUUCUCAAGGAGCACCUAUCAGAUAUGGAUGAAAAAACCUUGACCGAAUUACUGAGGAAAGAUCUGGAAAGGCGGCGAUCAAGACAUAGUCUGAGUGAUUCUGCGAUCAGUUCAGAUUGCACAGAUGGUGAAUUGUCUACCACAGUUUCACCAAGAUCAAGCAGAAUGUAUGAUUCCAACAAACUUCUGUUUGAUAAAGGUGGCACCCCACCACCUGUUGACAAAAGGUCUGCCACCGUUGAGGCAUUUGCAGCUACUUCAAAAUGGUCACCAACUUUGACUGAAUCAGAAUUAAAAAGUCUGAAACGUAAACAUAGUUUAGAUAAAAAAGCAGCAAAAGCUAUCCCUAGUCCUUUGCAACCUAAGGCCCCUUUAACAGACUCUGGGAAUGUAUUUGAUUAUGAAUCCAGCAAUGGGUCUUCAGAUGGUGAGAGAUCAGGGGUCUCAAUGGGGGUUGAAGUUCUGGGAAGGGAAAUGAAGCGAGUUUCACCACCAAAAUCACCUGGCAAGAAACUAGAGAUGCCUAUGGCGGGUGAACUCCUUACAUCCAUACCAGGAUCCCCAACUCAACAAAUGAGACCUGGGACAUUUCCCACUGAUGUUGACAUUGAGGUUCAGCAAGAAAUGUCAAAGAAGAGAUCACUGAAAGGUCUGAAAUCAGUUUCUCCAUUACUGGAACAAGAUGAAGAUCUUUCAAGUUUAGAACAAGAGUCAAGUUUAGAACAAGAGCCAGUUGAAGACACAGCAGCAGUUUUGCAACCUAAUCUCCAGGUGGUGGGUCAAAGGUCUCAGGAGGCUGCUCUUGAUGCCAUCAAUGCACUCAACAGGAGUGUGUCACCUUUUUUACCUCCUUAUCAUGAAGGUGUUGCAGCCAUUCCCACUGAAUCAGACAACUUUUCAGGUAAUGGAGUUGGCAGGAAUUUGCAGGAUGAAAGUUAUAGGUAUAUAAUCCAACCAAGGAAACAGUCACAAGCAAGCAGCUUACCCACUGCUUCUGAAGUUGAGGAUUCUACAGCAGACUCAGCUUCUGGCAUACAUGAAGUCAAUCUCCUAGAUGACAAAGAUCAAGCAGAAAAAGGUUCCCUUUUAUUCAAAGAGCCUGAUGUACAGCUCAUCAGAUCUGUGAAAUUUGUCACGCCCUCUCUGCAAGUAAUAAAACCGGAGACUUCAGAAGAAAUCAAUGACCAACAGCCUGCCACUGAAAACCCAGCAGAGCAGCAGGAUUUUGCUGAAAGUGAGACAGUUUUAACACAAGAGGAAAUCUUAGCAGCAAAGUGUGCAAAAUUUGAACACAGUGACAUUGACUACCUGUUUCAUUUUAGACGCAUCAUGAUGAGGUCACCUUCAGUUUCUGACAUUGAUUCCCAAAUAUCUGUUGAGCCACCAAAGGACAAAACUGAUUAUACUCGAUCACUGUCUGCUGACUCCAUUCUUGAAGCUGAUGACUAUUUCAGCACUAGAUCAGUAAGCACUGAUAGUAUCACUUUUGUGUUUAUGAGCAGGUCUAGGAGUCUGGAUGAUCUUGAUAAUGAUGCAUCACCUAGCAAUUCAACAUCUGGAAAGAAGACAUUUGAACAAAGUGGUAGAAGCCCCUAUGGAAGCCCAAAAGGCAGAAUGUCUCCACGAAUAUCAUCUGCUUCAGGCUCUUUGGAAGAUAAACAUAAAAACGGAUUAGAUGUGCCGUCUACUGAAGAAAAAGAUCAAGAUAUUGGAACAGAUGGUGCAAUAGUAAAAGACACUGAUGUGAAACAUGGCAAGUACAAGCUCAGUAGAAACUCACCACCUCCCCCUGAAAGAACGGUGUCAUCAGAGGAUCUUGCAACAGGAAAGAAACCUGCCAACAGGAGAGCUUCAGUUGCCAUGAUGGAAUCCCCAAGAGGAGGGGAAUUCGCAACCCCACUUUCCAACAGGAUACAGUCAACCAAAGCAGACAGGAUGUUAGAAUACUCUGAUGACUCGAUGGAGGAUAUACCCAAGAAACUUGAAGAACUAGAACAGGAAUAUGCAGAGAAACUUAGCAGGGCUCUUAGAGAUUCAGAAAACCUAGCAAAGAAAUCACUAGAUUUGGGUUUCAGAAAGAAAUCAACCAUGGAAAAUUCACUGAGUCCAUCUACAAUUGCUGCUAUUUCUGAGGAUCAUGAAGAUACUUUACAGUUACUUCAGGAAACAAGUGAUGAAGUUCUUGCUGUAGACUCUCCACCAUCAAGAGAAGGAAAAACAGUUAGUACAGAAAAUGUGGCCUCUCCACCCAGUCCUGAGAACUCUAGCUUUGAUGCCAUCAUGGGUAAACUUGGGGCUUUGCAGCUAGAGAUAGCAGGGACCAGUUUUAAAUCAGAAUCUACACAAAGUCCCACAUCAGUAUCAGACGUUCAGCAAAAUAAAGAAACUGUUUUGAAAGUGAAAGAAAACGAUGAUAUUUUAGUGGGAUGUACCAGUGAGAAGGCAUUUGAGAAUGCUUCAAAUGUAAACUCACAGGCUGUAAAUGAAACAGAUACUUUGCAUCCUACCCUUGACAAGGAAGAGGCAGGAUGUGACACAGUGCCUGACACACCAAUAACCCCACCUUUGGUUGUCACAGAAACAACAGAAGUGAUUCAGAUGCACAAAAAGUGUGAGGAACACCCAGAAAAACUAGUUGAGAGAGAUAUCAAAGUGGAAAGAAAACCAGAAGAUAUACAGAUGCCUCCUGUCUCUGAGGUCCAAGCCGCCCCUCAAGAUCUCUCUAUCGGUACAUCUCAACUGACUGGUGUGGUAGGUGUUCUGAAGGAACCUGACAUGGAAAAGAAAACAGAAAUGUCUGAAUUGCCAUUGCUAAAGGUUACAGAUGGAAAUGGAUUGUCAAAAGAUGCUGAUAAUAAUAAGCCUGUGGACAGGGACAAGAAACAGCAAGUGACAACACCUAAACUACCAUCAUCAUCUGGCUUGCUAAAAAGUAGUACACCUGUCAAGAAAAGAGAAAACCCCAUAAACAUUCUACAGUCUGACGUUAGCUCUGAGGAGCAAGAAGAGGUUACAAGGACACAGCAGUAUAGUGGAUUGGAGAAUGAAAAGACUAGUGUCCAAUUUGAAGAGCAAAAAACCUCGACACCUGAUAUUGAACAAGGCGUAGUUCCUUGUAAGGAGUUAGAUGUUAAAAACUCCAUAAGCAAGAUAUUGGUAGCAGAUCACAAUAGUCCUCAGCAGCAACCCCCAAUGCAAGAGGAAGCUGAAAGUAGAAUCUUGGUUGAAGAGCCUGGGACUGUUAAAAGAAGCCUAGAUGAAAAGAGAGGGAUGAGACAAAGGUCAGAAGAACAGACACAAGGCCAACAGAUGAAUAGCUUUGGCGAAAAUCAACCUCCAGAUUCUCCAGAAUCAGUUCCCACAGGUGUUUCUGCUGUAAUGCCUUCAGUUGGGAAACAUGAAAGCCUCCCAAGUGAUAAGCAGGGUGUCUAUAUCCCUACUUGGUUAAUGCAUGAAAUUGAAGACAGUAUGGCUGCACUGGACAAAGCCAUUAGUGAUGAAGAUGAUGCAGGCAUUCUACCAAGCAUAAAUGAGUCACUGGUUAUUAAAAAUGCAACUGAAAAGAACCCAUCUGAAAGUAACAUGGAUAUUGAGAAGACUGAGGAAAAUGCCCAUGGUGUGUUAGUUACAAAUGAGUUGGCAACAGAAUUGCCCAGCAAUGAAGGAAAACCUUUAGGAAGUGGUCAGAGAGCAGAAUUGGGUAGAGUUUCUGCUGUACAGUACCCUCAGCAAACAAAGCAAAUUCCUCUAUCUGUUCAAGUAGUUAGAGACCCAAGAGAGAAUUCCCUGCCAAGUGAACAGAUUAAAAUAGGGGAUUUGAGUUCAAGGUAUGAAAUUCCACCUGAAGAUGAAGAUGGUGCAGAAAUAGGACUUAAGCCUGUUUCUGAACUAAAUAACCAAGCGGCGAAUGCAACUAAGAAUGAUACAGGUUCUGCAACAGUAUAUCAAAAACAACAGCUGUUGCUCAUGGGUGCAUCUGUGCCAUCUUCUACAAAUGACAUGAGUAAUACUGAAGAAAGGCAACUCACAGCAGGAAAAGAAGGUGAGAUCUCUUCUAUGAAAGACGAGGUUGCUGGAAGAAAACAGGAUAUUCAUGCACCAAAGGGAAAAGACAAUUUGUCAAUGGUAGAAGAAAAAGGAAUAAAAGAAGACAAAAAUGUAUCUGCUUUAGCUGAAGAUCAAAGUCAUAUUGCAAAAGUCAUUCCAAAUGAGGAUAUAGAACAAGUUGAAAAUGUGAGCAUUCUCACAAUGGGAGAAAAUGAAGAGAUGCAUCUUUUGCCUCAGCCAGAAAAGUUGAUACAAGCACCCAGAGAAAUUACAAAGUAUCAUGAGGAACAGCAGCAUAAAGAGGACAUCAAGCCACAACUAGAGCUAAAGUCUAUUAGACCAUCUUCACAUCUACCAUCUGAUGUGCCGACUGAGCAGUCUCAUGGCAGAGAGGAUGUUUUAUCUGCAGCACAAAAUGAUGAGAUUCUCAAGCAUGAUUCAGUACAUGAAAAGCAAGUAUUGACUGCCUAUAAACCAAUAGAAGCCAAUCCUGAUGAACAGAGUAUACCAGUUGCUCAGGUUCAGACCCUCCAAGCAGACAGAAACCAUGAAGGAUUUGGUGACUCAGAGGAAGACAUAGCUAGAUGUGAAGAAGUGACCAACUCUUCAUCAGAUUUAAUCAAAGAGAAUGAAGAUGGCUCGCCAACAAGUAUUGGCAGUAGUACAGACAUUACAGAUCAGAGACCUUCCAGUAGCCUUUCAUUCCCAACUAGAGAGGCAUCUGAUAUCCAACUGGAGGGGCAUCUUACUGAUUUCCAAAGUAUUCUGCCCUCUGAAGAAAUACAAGACUCUUUUGAAAAAGAAAAGAAAUUAUCAGAUUCAGAUGCAGAUCCCAGCCAUGAUGUUCAAACACCAAACAGAAUAAUUGUGGAACAAAAACCAGACCAAUCUUCUGAAAGUAAUUCUAUGUUACUAAGUGUCUUGGGCAGUACAGAACCACCAGCAGAUCAGAGAAUUAAGGGAGAAAUGAAAACACCAUUUAAAACUUCUGAAACAUUAUGGUCAAAGGCAGGGGAAGAAGAGCUGGUUUCUGACCCCUCUGCUUCUGCUGCAGGACUACUUAGAACAGCCAAAGUGGGCAAAGUUGAUGUAGAUCAGAAACAUGCGACAUUGAAGGCUCAGAUAGGAACAAGCAGCCGUAGAGCUGAGUGUGAUCCACUGCUAGAAGAAUGGGAAGAUACAGAGGAUGAAUCAGUUGGUGUUGUUGGAUUAAACGUAGACAAGGCAAACUCUGCAAGCUACCCAAAUGUGCAAGUAUCCCAUCAAACAACUGAAGAAAGCAGAACACUGGCUAAUGAUGGAAGUGAUGCAAAAAGCAGCACUGGAAAACCUGAAGAGACACUAAUAGAAACACCCCUUGCAGUAUCCAGCAAUAAGGAAGAUACACAAGAACCCUUUGUGGCUACUGAAAAUGACAUGGAAAAAGACGAAUCAUUUCAGAUUAGUCCAUAUAACAGUGACCAAACAUCAAUUCCUAGAAAUCAGCAAGUUUUUGAUAAUUUUGGAUUUGAUGAAGCCUCAUCAGAAAGUGAUCCUGAAGCAAAAGGUUCAUACAGCAGUGAACCAGAUUUCCACAUUGAAGGACAAUCUCAGAACAUACCAAAUCCACCAGUGUUUGCAGAAAAUAUGACAUCUUUUGUGAAUUUGGCAUUUGAUGACAAUUUAGAAAAUGAGGAAGUACCCCCAGAAAAAUCAAAUCACCCUUUUUCGUUAGAUCAGCUAACAAGUGCACAACAUCUAUGCAGACGAACUCUCACAGCAGUUCCUGAAGUAUUGGAGUCUGAAGAUGAUUCUGAAGACAGAGAGAGUUCUGAAAGUGAUCAUGGAAUGAAAGAACCUUACAGGAUACAUGGCAUUGGUGAUAAAGGACCAUCUCUCAGAAUGACAUCUCCAAAUUUGGAAGUCUAUGAAAAUCUUGGAUUUGAUGGAAGCUCAGGGAGUGACUCUGACACAAAAGAAUCAUCUGAUAUUACAAUUGUGAAGAAUGAAAGGACUCAGUCCCGAGGCCAACUUGCAUUACAUGACAUUUUAGAAGAUGUGAAUGAAUUAGGUUUUGCUGAGUUACCCAAAAAUGAAUCCCACACAAAUGCAAAUGCAAGCCAAAAUGUAAGGAAUGAGCAAAAAUAUCCAAUGAUUAAAUCAAAUGUAGAACACCAGGGAGAAAGCCUGUCCCAUCCUCAUACAAGAGAACCAUAUUUGUCAAGAAAUUGGGAUGACCAAAACAAUCUUGGUCAAGGAUUGAAUCAGGAAAUGCCCUCAACACUAGAUAUAACAAAAACAUCUGAUUCUACAUCUGAGGAGAAAAGAGAUGUUGAAUCCAGUGUGUCUUCAUCAGAAGAGAAGGAUGAGAUUAAAAGCAAGAUGAAUCCUGGGAAAAAUGGCAUUGACUUACAGGGAGCUCCUAAUGCAGAAGAAGGACCACUUAAACAUUCUGAUGAGAAAUUAGAUCCCCAUCAAGAGCAUGCUCCAGGUACAUCAUUAUAUCAACUUCAAAACAAACACAUUGAGUUAUAUUCUUCUUUGGAAGAGUAUGAAACACCCGAAAGUGACUUGGAAGAAUUUGUAGAUGCAGAAGAAUAUUGCACGCCAAUUCGAAGCCUUGCCAAGGUUGUUACUCCUGAAACCCUCACAACUGCACCAAUUAUUUCUGCUACACAGGCAGAGGUGAUCCAUGCUCCUGCCAAUGUACAAGGAGUGUUAGAGGAGGGGAAAAUGGAGAGAGAGCCAGACGACAUACAGUCAGUUAUAGAGACAGCAUCUGAAAAUUCAUCAGAAAGGACAGAAUCACUGGAGUCAAGCACUGAAUCAACAGAAGCAGGUGCAAUGCCAAUAGUAAAACGAUCAAAGUAUGCAGAGAAACUUGAAGCUCUAAAGAGAAAAUUAACAAGUGAAUCUGAGAGUGCAAAGGAGAUUCCUGAAAGGGAUUUAGACAACAAGUCAUCAGCUUCAGUACUGAUGAAACAUCAUGAUGGUGGCAUGAAGGAGAGGCCUGCUGAUGAAACAACUGCUCAUGAAAUUAUCCCAGAGAAGAGUACAAAGCCACAAGAAACAGAUGUAAUGGAAAAUCUAGGAGACAGGUUUUCUCAGCUUUCAAGUAAAGAAAAAGAUGACUUGCCAGCAUAUUUUGCAAAGCAUCUAGCAUCAGAUUUAGGGUCACCUGAAUCAGAUUUUGCAUUGGCACACUUAGCACAUACAGAAGAGGCGUCAUUUCCAGGCUAUCCCAGCAAUGUGGAAAUGUCAGCUGAGGAAAUGAUAGCAGUUCAAGAGGGUAAAGGAUCAGUGAAGGACAAUGUUCAGACACCCAAGAAUACCAAGUCAGACAGUACAGCAGACUUAGAUCAUUCAAAGAACAAUGGUUUAGAUAGAAAACCUGAAAUUAGAUUGUUUUCAUCUAAUGUCACAUAUGCAGGUAAAGAAAGUAAUUUGAGCAUUGACACAGAGUCUCAACCUACUGCAGAAUCUUCACAUUCAGCUGCUAUGGAUUUUGACACCGUUACUCAAGAAACUAUGAGCAGUCAGGGAAAUGAUGUAUUAAGACCAGAAGUUGAUGUGGAGUUCCAUUCAGCAGAGGAAAGUUAUCUCCAAGACAAGCCAGAUCUGACUUGUGGUCUUUUCAAAACACCACAAGGGGAUAAGAUUGAUUGGACCCAGAUGCAUGCCAAAGGAACAGCUCUGCAUGAAUACCAAGCACAGCCAGGACAAUAUCAGGCCCCAGAGGAAGAUGUGGAAGAGUUUGAUAUUCCUGAGAAGCUUUCAUGGGCCCUGUCCAGGGUUCAACCAGAAAUAGAAAUGAAGAAAGCGGGUACAACAAGAUCAGUUGCAGACUCUCUGAGAAACCAGGAUGGAGAAGUUAAUCUUAGAGAAUCACAUACACAGGGUGAUGUUGAGAUAAUCUUAGAGGAAGGUAGCAGUCCAGAUGAUGACUCACCAACUAGACAUCAAACCAGACAGAUAGAUUUGAAGGCAAACUCUGCAUACGUUGAAAAAGGAGAGGAUAACUUAUCUCAAGGAUUAUUUGAUGGGAGUAGUGCUGAAAGUGAACAAGAUUUGGACAUUCAGAGGGAAGAAGACAUACCAACAUUAAUACCAAUAAAGCAAUUCACUUCAGGGCCAGGGACACUAAAGACAUUUGAAAUACAAGAUAGUGAGAGCACUAACCAAGCAUCAGAUGUUACAGUUGAAGAAGAAAUGGGCCAACAAAUAUCUGUAGAAAAGAGUACUUCUGAAGGAUUAGAAGAUGGCACUGAAGAUUGUACUUUAUUGAAUAAUCAGCAGACCUCCAUCAUUCCUGAGGCUGAUAAGGACACAAAGUCAGAACAUACAAUGCGCUCCACUUCAGAUCAUAUGCCACAGGCUCCACAUGCCAAAUAUAUGCAACAACUGACAAUAGAUGAAGCUAAUGCCACUCUUGUUCAGGACCAUCUAACCUUGAAAGACUUGGUCCAGCAGGCACUUGUGCCUCAAAAUAGCAGAGCUCCAUCUGGUGUGACAGACCUUUCAGAUUCAGAAAUUGAAGUAGAUUCAGCAGAAAGUGCUUCACCAGAUUUGUCAUGGCAGAUAUUCAUGGACAAAACUGCACAAGACAUCUCCAAAGUGCCUCAAUCAAAUGCGCCAUCUCAGAGCUCCAUGGAUACUGCUGCACUAUAUAAACCUGAAGUGCCAGCACAAAAUUUCUUGCCAGAGGACAUUGCAAACAUAGCUGAAAUAGGUGGAACUCCAGUGCCUUUGUCAAAUAUGCUGCCAAAAAAUCCAAUGGAGAUUCCAAGACUAGACAAAUCUCUUGUACCUACAUUAGGUGUUGCACCACAGGCCUACAAGGAUGCUACUUCACUUGACACUUCUGCCUUCCCUCUAGCAAAUAUAUCUAUUAAUGAUGCAUUGGAUACCACAGUUUUGGCCCAGGGAACUAUGGAGGUUUCUCCUUCAAACACAUCUGAAAUAACUGUACCACAGGGCUGCGUUGAUAGUACUACACAAGAAACAUCAGAGGUGUCACAGGGGUCAACUGGUACCAAGAGUGUGCCACCACAGUAUUCUACUGAUAGAUUUGCACUAGACAGGUCUGCAGCACCUCCAUCAAAUGUGUCAGAAGUGGGCCACAUGGCCCCAUAUACCAGGAUUAUCCCACAGGAUUCCACUAAGGGCACUCCACUAGACACAUCUGCAGUGCCUCCAUCAGAUAUGUCAUCUGCCUCCAUCACAUAUACUGAUGUGAACACACAAGAUCUCACAAAGAUGAACCCAGAUGAUUCCACUAAUGGAAUUCCACUAGAUAAGUCAGUGUUUCCUCCAUCAGAUUUGUCAGCAGCAGGUGACAUGGCCAUCAGUAUGGUCCCACAGGAUUCCACAUAUACUGAAAAGAAUCCACAAGAUUCCACCAAGAUACAUUCACAGGAUGCCACUAAUGGAGUUCCACUGAACAAGUCUGCAGUUGAUCCAUCAAAUAUGUCAGCAGCAGAUCACAUGGACAACAGUAUGUCCCUACAGGGGUCCACUUAUACUGAGAUGAAACAACAGGACUCCACCAAAAUGAACCCACAGGAUUUGACUGGAAUUCCAUCAGACAAUUCUGCAGUUCCUGCAUCAAACAUAUCAACAGCAGGUGGCAUGGACUCCAGUACAGUCCCACAUGGAUCUACAUAUACUGAUAUGAACCCACAGGAUUUCACAAAUGGUAUCCCACAAGACAUGUCUGCAGUACCUCUAUCAGAUAUGCCACAAAUGGGUUACAUGGACACCACUAUGUCUACAGCAGAUACCACUUAUACCCAGAUGAACCAACGGGAUUCCACGAGUAGAAUUCCACAAGAUACAUCUGCAGUUUCUUCAUCAGAUUUGUCAGCCCCAGGUGGCAAGUACACAAAUAUGCUCCCACAGGCAUCCACAAAAACUGAGAUGAACCCACAGGAUUCCACUUAUGGGACUCCACUAGAUACAUCUGCAGUUCCCCCAUCAGAUUUGUCGGCAGCAGGUGUCAUGGCCAUCAAUAUGGCCCCUCAGGAUUCCACAUAUAGUGAGAAGAAUUCACAAGAUUCCAAUAAGAUGUACUUACAGGAUGCCAUUAAAGGAAUUUCACAGGACACAUCUGCAGUUCUUCCAUCAAAUAUGCCCAAAGCAGAUCACAUGGACACCAGUAUGUCCUAUCAGGAUUAUACCAAGAUGAAACAACAGGAUUCCGAACAUGGGACUUCACUAGAUCUCUCUGCAGUAUCAAAUGUAUCAACUUCAGGUCAAAUGGACACCAAUGUGUACCCACAGGAUUCCACUUAUACAGAGAUUACAGAGAUAAACCCACAGGAUUCCACUGAAUUGAAACCUCAGGAUUCAACCAGAAGAAUUCCACUACAUACGUCUAAGGUUCCCCCAUCAGAUAUGUCAGCAGCAGUUCACAUGGACACAAGUAUGUCCCCACAGGAUUCUACCUAUACAGAAUUGAACCCACAAGAUUCCACUGAGUUGAAACCACAGGACUCGGCUAGUAGAAUUCCACUAGAUACAUCUACGGUUCCUCCAUCAGAUAUGUCAGCAGCAGUUCACAUGGACACAAGUAUGUCCCCACAAGAUUCCACCUAUACAGAAUUGAACCCACAAGAUUCCACUGAGUUGAAACCACAGGACUCAGCUAGUAGAAUUCCAAUAGAUACAUCUAGAGUUCCUCCAUCAGAUAUGUCAGCAGCAGUUCGCAUGGACACCAGUAUGUCCCCACAGCAAUUCACAAAUACCAAGGUAAACCAACAAGACUCUACUUUGAUGAACUCAAAGGAUUCCAGCCAUAUGAACCCACAGGAUUCUACUAUUGGAACUUCACCAGACACACCUGCAGUGCUUCCAUCAAUUUUGUCCAUAGUGGGUCAUAUGGACUCUGUUAUGUCCCCAGAGGGCUCCAUGAGUACCACUGCCCUGGAUGCAAGUGGAGUUCCCGUAUCUAAUAUGUCAACACUGGGCUCCAUUGAUACCCAGAUAUCUGAACAGGGUACCUUUGAUUUAACUGUGGAUGAUAUGAAAGCAGGGCACCUAUCAAAUGUUCCAGGAGAGGGUUUCAUAGAGAAUUCUGCUUCAAAUAUGCCAACAGUACCCCCAUCCAACAUGUCAACAGUCUCAGGGGAAAAAUUGGACAGACAUGAGUUGCCUCCAUCUCAUUUCAUGAACGGUGCUGCAUUAGAUGCAAGUAAAGCGUCUGCACAAUGCCCAAUGGAUACUGAAAAUUUCCAAACAAGUUCCUUGGGAACAAAUACACUAGAAACAAAUACACUUUCACAACCAACUUUGCCUCAGCAGAACAUCAUAGAGACUACUACCCUGGAAACAUUUACAGUGCCUCCAUCUGAUACAGCAACUCUCAGUGCCACUGAUAGCACUGUGCUUGAUGCAUCAGAAGAUCCACGACCAUAUAUGCCUCUUCACAACUCACAGCCCUCUUCUGAACAAAACACUGCAGUAAUGUCAUCUGGAACAACACCAGGGGAGUCAUUGGACAGAACUCGACCACGUACAUCUGCUGUGCCUUUCUCCAGUUUGUCACCAAAGGACUCUUUGGAGGCUGAUCUUGCUCCACAGGAUUUGACUGAGACAACUACACUAGACACUUCUUCAGUGCCUUACUCCAGUGAGCCAAUUCCGGGCCCCAUGCAGUCUACUGCUACUGAACAUUCUGCUGAACCUGCUGAAUCAAAAAUUAUUUCACAGAACACAUUGGAGCCUGCUGCACAGAACACAUCUCCAGUUACUCCGUCAGAUAUGGUAUCAGAGGCUUCUUUGGACAGAGAGAAACUAGAUACAUCAUCAUUACCGCUGUCUAAUAUGCAGCCAAAGGAGGUUUUGAGAUCAGAGAUCUCACUGCAAAGUGACAUUGGAGCUUCAUCUGUGGUCCCUCCAUCAGAUGUGUCACAAGUGGAAUUUAUUAAUACAACUGUUUUAGUGCCUCCAUCAAGCAUAUCAUCAGUGAAUUUCUCAGAUACCAAGAUCAUUGACCAGGGCUCCAUGGAUUUUACUGUACAAGAAAUGCCUGCAGAAACAUCAAAUUUGACAUCACAGGGAGACCCAAGUAUAGGUGUACUAGACACAUCUGAAGUGCAUAAGUCCCCACACAGUUCCAUGGAUUAUUCUUCCCUUUCCUCCCCUGAAGUUCUAACAAAGCCAGGAAAGGUUUCUAUGGAAACAGAAAUGUCAUCACAAGAUUCCCUGGAUAAUGCAAGAGACACAUUUGCAGAUCUUCCAUCAAACACUUCAGCAGAGGACUCUGUGGAGACUGGAAUCUCACCACAGAGCUCCUUGGAUAAUGCUCCCCUGACCACAACUGUGACAUUUCCACCAGAGAAUUUAGCACAGGGGUCUGUGGAAACUGUACCGUCACCAGAGGAUUCCAUCAAUACAUCUACACAAGAUCCAUCCACAGAUUCUCCAUCAAAUGUGUCACCGCAGGGGUCUAUGGAAACCAAAAAUUCACUAAAGGGUUCAUUGAGUACAGCAGAACAAGGCCCGUCUGAAAUGUCUCCAGUUGAUGUGCCACCUCAAGACUCUACAGAUAAAUUUGCAUUGCCUCCAUCAACAAUGCCACUACAUGAACCCAUGGACACUGCUGUUGUAGAUACAUCUUCAGCGCAUCAUUCAAAUAUGAGACCAAAUGAAACCAUGAUUGCCAAAAUGUUACCGCAGGGCUCCAUGGGUACUGCUGUUCAAGACCUCUCUGCAGGUUCUCCAGCAGAUUUGAGGCCACAGAGCCCCAUUGAUACACCUGUACAAGAUACAUAUACAGUGUCUCAGUCAAAAAAUCUGCCUCAGGGACAUGUGUCACAUCAAGAAAGCACGGAUACUACAGCACCGAAUGCACAGACCAUGCCUCCAUCAAAAACAGCAGAACAAGAUACUAUAAGAAUUGCUGAAAAAGAUACAUCUGCAGUGUCUCCAUGGAAUUUGAAAACCAAGACACCAUUACCUGGUUCAAAACUAGAGACAUCUGCAAUGCCUGCAUCACACAAAACACCACAGAGCUCUGUAGAUGUCAUUGUGUCAAGUUCAGCCCCCAUAGAAAACAUGGCAAACUAUACAACAGAAUUGCCUCCAUCAGACAAAACACCAGAGGGUGUCUUAGAUUCAAGGCCAUCACCACAAAUAUCUGUGGAGACAACUGCACAAGACAGCUUGACAGUGCUUCCAUCAGAAGUAACACAAGAAGCCUCCAGGGAUCCUAUUAUAUCAACACAAGAGUCAGUGGAUGCCACAAUACCUGGUGUACCUGCAGUGCCAACAGAAAAAACUAGUUUGUCAGCAGAGCUCCAAUCUGCAUCAGCAGAGACACCAGAAGGCACUGUUUAUUUGAAUGAAGCAUCUGUAGGUCCACUGUCCAAUGUACCAUCUGAUACAUGUGUAGAAACAGAAGCUUCCAGUGGGCCAUCACUUCGGGCCUUAGUAGAAGGUGCACUUUUUGCAAAGCCACACAAUGCUACACCUGCACUUGAACAGGAAGAUGGAAGGUUUGGUUGUGGGGACCUCAGCCCUGCUUUAAAUAUACAGGGAAUCUCUAACACACUGAGUGAAACAGCACCUUCAGAGAGUUUUGAUUCAGCAGUGGAACAUGUGCCUGAACAGACAGGUGGCCAUCAGCAAGACAUGUCUGUAUGCAUAUCAGUUGAUCAACCAAUACCUACAGGUCUUAUGAAACCAACUGGAAGUAGAGGCAAUACAUUUGCUGAGUCAUCGCAACAAUCCCUUCACACAAACUGUACAGUUUCUCCUGUUGAACCAUAUAUGGAAAUAGAAAAUGACAUACCAAGUGACACAAGGGAAUUAAAAGACAGAGAUUUAUCUGCUGGAAAGGCCUUUACACAAACAGAAUUGACACCCUUAAAAGAGAUUUUACCAGCAGUGGCAGCAACUGCAAUUGGAGCCAAACAGGUGGUUACAUUAGAGGCCAGUGACUUAGAUGCAGACAAUAUGGUGGAUGAGGUUUCACCCAUUGAGAGACAAAUGGAUAAACAAAGCAAUGCUGACAGACAAGCAAACCAAGGCAGUUCUGCUCAGGCACAGAUUUGGCAUGGGGAAGAAGAACAGCUUCUACAAACACCCUUGGAGACUGUUGUGUAUGAGCAAAUGGAAAAAGCUACUAUUGAUGCUGGAUAUGUUAAAAAUGAAGAUUCAGUUAACUUGCACAGAACAGACAAAGGUGUGGCAAAUUUCCAGACAGACAACCAAAACAUAGAUGAAAAUGUAGAAGAGAAAUCAGUAACAACUACAUCACAACUUGAACCAGAAACUCAAUCGGAGUUUGAAAUGGCAUGGAAUCCUCUUGCCAAGUCAUCAGAAAGAAUUGAUUCAUCACCAUCAGCAGUACAAAGUGAGACACAUUAUUCAGUGCCAGGAUUCAGUUCUGAUUUUACAAAACAUUUGUCACAACAUGCAAAGGAUGAGUGCAUGAAAAAUCCUCUUGAGGAUGGGAAAGACGACUGGAACUCCCCAGAUAAAGCAUAUAAUCCUAGACCACAAGAUGAAGAAACACCUUCUAUCAAUAAUGGAGAUUCCAGCACAGAUACAUCAUCAGCUGUACCAACACCAGGAUAUCAACAAUCUGAGAAAACUUUGUACAAUCCCCUUUCAAAUAUAGUCAAAGAACAUCAACCAUGUGCAGAUUUUAAUCCGGAUGAAACAGCAGCAGCAUCACAAAGCUCACUUGUACACACGGUGGCCCUUGAGUCCCCUGUUCAGGACAUGGCUGGUACUGAACCUGUCAGUACAGGUGGUGAGACAGUUCUACCAAGUAAUGAUGAUCAUCUGUCUGAAAGAAACCUUAGAUAUGGAAUUGAGAGUGAAACCAGUUCUGUCUCAGUAGAGAAUGUCCCAGUUGAGUAUCACAUGCACCAGCAACAACUUGGGCAAACUACAAAGUAUACCAAAAGCAAGAGAUUUGACCAUGCAGAAAUGCCAUCAGUGGAAGCAGAAAACAGGCCAUCACUUGGAAAUCUUACUCAAAGUGACCCACACCAGCGCUUCUCAGUUUCUGCUCCUGGAAAACCACUUGAUGGCUACUCGAAUGAAUAUUCAGAGAACAGUUAUGACAAUACCUUCCUUGUGGAAAGAUUAAGUGGUGAAGGAACAAAUUAUCAUCAGGAUCAGAUUGAUUCCAAAGCAUUUAUGAUGAAGAUGAGGAGGAUCUUAUGAUGGCAGCAGCUUCAGCAGCUGUGGAAAUGGCAUUAGAUGAGGAUGCUACUAGUGCCACUGAAGAUAUGUAUAUGGUUGAGGUGACACCAAUAUAUAGUGAUGGGGAAGAUGAUCAGCAACAGCUUAUGACAUCUGAUAAAGAACCAGUUUCUCUGGAAAAUAGGGUGCAUCCAUUCACAGCCACAACAUUAGAAAAGGGCAUUUCACAAAUCACCAAGCCAAAUAUAGGUGUGAGAGGAGUACAUCCUGGAGUCACAGAAACCAACAAAAUAACUGAAGAGGAUAACACAGAUAUCCCUGAAAUGUCUUCAGAAUCACCAUCCAUAGAAACUCCACAAAGACCAACACUUACUCUUUUGCACCCCACGUCAGAUACCUCCAACUUAUCUGACACUU